UUGAUCCCUACUCCCUCGAACCGCGAACAUGAGCACGGCGCCGAGUCGAUAAUGACUUCACGAAGCACAUCCUUCACACGCAGCCCGCACCGGCUCCGGCGGCCGUCCAUCAGCUCAAGGCUCUCAUUCGCCGUAUCAAACGCAGAGCAGACCGAUGAUGACGAGGAGGAGAACCAGACGGGCGGCGCCGCUCCCGGCCCGCGGCAGCAGCAACAACAGAUCGAAGACGAAAUCGCCGAGAUCAAGCGCUACGAGGACUUCACCACCAUAGACUGGGUUCAAGAUGCCGCUCGCGAGCAGGCGAGACGGAAACUGCGGCGGCGGCGACGGGCUGGCAUGCUCGACAAUGGACAGGCUGGAUGGAGGUACCGCCUGCGCGAGUCCUACGACGCUGCGCAGGGCUGGCUCGUCGUCACCCUAAUCGGUGUCACGAUCGGCCUCAACGCCGCCUUCCUCAACAUCAUCACCGAGUGGCUCUCCGAUAUUAAGAUGGGGUACUGCACGACGGCCUUCUACCUGAACGAGAACUUCUGCUGCUGGGGCGAGGAUAACGGCUGCGCCGAAUGGCACAAGUGGACGGGAUUCGGCCCCGUCAACUACCUUCUUUACAUCCUAUUCGGCACGGCCUUCGCCUUUACGUCUGCGACGCUCGUCAAGUCAUUUGCGCCGUACGCCGCGGGAUCGGGUAUAUCCGAGAUCAAAUGCAUCAUCGCUGGCUUCGUCAUGAAGGGAUUCCUCGGCUUUUGGACGCUGUUGAUCAAGUCGGUCUGUCUGCCCCUGGCCAUCGCGUCGGGCUUGUCGGUCGGAAAGGAGGGGCCGAGUGUUCACUACGCCGUGUGCACUGGAAACGUCAUCUCGCGCCUCUUCGAUAAGUACCGUCGCAACGCCGCCAAGACCCGGGAGAUCCUGAGCGCCUGCGCCGCGGCCGGUGUAGCAGUUGCCUUCGGCAGUCCCAUUGGCGGCGUGCUCUUUUCUCUGGAGGAAAUGUCAAGCUAUUUUCCCCUCAAGACGUUGUGGCGCAGCUAUUUUUGCGCUCUUGUGGCGACGGCUGUUCUCGCGGCUAUGAACCCCUUCAGGACGGGACAGCUUGUCAUGUUUCAGGUCCACUAUGAUCGAUCGUGGCACUUCUUCGAGGUGGUGUUCUAUAUCAUAUUGGGCAUCUUUGGCGGUCUUUAUGGUGCUUUCGUGAUCAAGUGGAAUCUGCGGGCCCAGGCGUUUAGAAAGAAGUACCUGACCAAGUUCGCCAUUGCGGAGGCGACGAUCCUGGCUGCCGGAACUGCCAUCAUCUGCUACCCCAACGUCUUUCUCAGAAUCGACAUGACGGAGAGCAUGGAAAUCUUGUUCUUGGAGUGCGAAGGGGCCGAGGACUAUCACGGCCUUUGCGAGCCAGACAAGAAGCUUAAGAACAUCAUGUCGCUGGCUAUUGCCACGAUAUUGAGAAUCCUUCUUGUCAUCAUUUCCUAUGGUUGUAAGGUGCCGGCUGGUAUCUUCGUCCCAUCCAUGGCCAUCGGAGCUUCGUUUGGGCGCACCGUGGGCAUCAUCGUCCAGGCGAUCCACGAAGCAAACCCCACCAGUGCAUUCUUCGCGGCUUGCAAGCCAGACGAGCCUUGCAUUACCCCGGGCACAUACGCAUUUCUUGGCGCAGCCGCCGCACUGAGUGGAAUCAUGCACAUCUACGUGUCCGUGGUAGUCAUCAUGUUCGAACUCACCGGCGCUUUAACAUAUAUCCUUCCGACCAUGAUUGUUGUUGGAGUCACGAAGAUCGUCAGCGAGCUGUUUGGAAAAGGCGGCAUUGCUGAUAGGAUGAUUUGGUUCAGCGGCUUCCCCUUCCUAGAUAAUAAGGAGGAACACAACUUCGGCGUCCCCGUCUCGGAGGUCAUGCGAACCGAGGUCACAUCACUGCCAGUGAACGGCAUGGCAUUCUCGGAUGUCGAGCGCUUGCUCAAAGAAGACAAAUACCAGGGCUUCCCCAUCGUCGAGGACGACACUUCGAAAAUCCUCGUCGGCUACAUCGGCCGUACCGAGCUCCGCUAUGCCAUCGACCGCAUCAAACGCGAAAGACCAAUCAACCCCAGCGCAAAGUGCGUCUUCACGCCGCCUCCGGAGGCGCUCGGCUCCUCCAUGACCCCCAUCACGCCGACGGUCUCCCAGUUUUCCGACUCGAUAUCCUCGUCCAGCUCCGUCGACUUCAGCCGCUACAUCGACACCACGCCCGUGACGGCCCACCCCCGCCUCCCGCUCGAGACCGUCAUGGAGCUCUUCCGCAAGAUCGGCCCGCGCGUCGUCCUCGUCGAGUACCGCGGCCGCCUGUCGGGCCUCGUCACGGUCAAGGACUGCCUCAAGUACCAGUUCACGGCCGAGCACGCCGAGAACCCGCGCGACGACUCCGCGCUCGCCGAGAGCCAGGAGAAGAUCUGGAGCGCCAUGCGCCGCGCCGCCGGCUGGGUGUCCGACAAGGUCUCGCUCGCCUCCGGGGGCAGGGUGCGGCUGUCGUCGUUUGACGAACGGAGGUCGCCUGGGCACCGGCCGCCCGGGGCGCAGAUACUGGACGGCGACGAGGACGAUGCUGAUGAUGGCGCGUUGGAGCUCGAGAGUCGGUGA